AUGUCUCAGGAAGGUUAUUUAAAGGACGGUGGGAAAUGUUAUAAGAUUGGAUAUCUCGGAGUGUUGCUAUGUGCGAUAGCUCCCUAUCUGGUUUUUGCCAAAUAUGGAAUUGCAUCUGAGAACGCAGUAUACGGUUUCUACAUCUUUCAUUUCAAGUCUCUCUUUCUUUAUCUUUCAUUUAUGCUACCCAACACAGAACGCUUAGUUCUUGGUGUAGAAAGGGAACAUGAAGACAUUUCUGAGUAUUUUCGCUCUAAUCUACAAUGGAUUCUAAUUAUUUUCCUAUCUUCUGUGUGGUAUUUUAAAGUUUGGUUCAGUCCGUAUCCGGUGGUAUACUUGCAAAUCAUGCACACAGCGGUGCAAAUCAUUGUAUUGUCAGAUUUCUGGAUUGUUUGGUUUGUCGAGCGGAAUAAAAGAAAAGUGGAAUUGGAGACGAAAAAGGAAGAAGAGAAUUUCUGUUUUGAACAGGAGAAGAGCAUUUUGAGAUACAACAAAUUAAAAUGCAGCGUCUGCAAAUCAUUCUACCACGAAUCAAUUGAGAGAAGAACUCCACAAAUGUUAGAAUGCAGGCACACGUUUUGUCAAGGAUGCACAAAAAAGCUUAGCAAAAACUUGUAUAUAAUCUGCCCCAUAUGUUGGGAAGACACUAACAUUGAUGAAUUAAAGAAAAACUACGCUCUACUCGGAAUCAUUCAAGAAAUGAAGACGGUUCAACGGAGACGCAGUUUUUCAUAG